UCGUGAUCCACGAAUUCCCACUUUAUAUCGACUAAAUUGGUGCUAACAAUUUUUGUAUUUACUUAAAACAAGAUAACUACCUAUUUCUAAACAAACACUGAGACUAAAUCUAACAUUUAAGACAUUUAUACACCAAACUAAAUAAUUUUUUGAGAUAAAUACAUCGUAGAUAAAUCAAUAAUCGAAAUUAAAUAUAUAAAACAUAAAAAAAACGUAAUAAAAAUUUUUUUGGCUAGAGCAAAGACAUGAAAGAGUCUUGUUAAAGACCAUACUUUGUGCUGCUAUGGACAUGUAAGUUUUUUGUUAACUUAGAGAGAGAUCAUAGGUGCCUAUUUAGCCAAUAGUUUAUUAGAGAUAUUAUUUGAGAUAUUUUUUGCACUGAGAAAUUUUUUAACGAAUAUUUAAAAGAUUGUGGGGCCAACGAAGUGAAUGCAUAUAUUUAUGGAUAAGAUAGCAACAUUUAUAUAUGUCUUUGUUAAUAUAUAUGUCUAGAGGGUUGUAACACCAACAUUUUUUAAGAUUUACAGGACAAGGUAAAAGAUAUCGAGCUAAUGCCAACGACAUGGAUUACCAUCCUCAAGGAUUACCGGGAAGCACUAGAGUGGUUCUCAAUCACCUGGAUGUCUCUACACAGGCCAAUAUUCAACAUAGUGCGCUGAACUACGAGUCUGAGGACGAGAUGAUGAGCCGGAUGAGCCGCGACAGAAAGGGCACACCACACUACAACAGAGAAGACAUUAGGGAACAAUACUGCAUCACCGAACGCGGUUUGGGUGCCUUGGAAACCAAACAAAGCUUGUUCGGAUGUCUUUCGUCUCAUCAAGGCUCUUGCUCAAACCGUACAUCUCUCCUUACAGCUUGCGUGAGACAGAAAGUACCUUCGGACGAGAAUCUGUACGAUCUUUAUAGAAGGCAUCCCUCGGAGUAUGCUCCAUAUCCGAGAAGAAGCAGAUAUCCAUGGGGUCCGGUAGUAUCUGAUAUCUACCGCUAUGAUGAAGAUUUAAAAUCGUCAUACUUUAGAAGGAAACCAAUCAUUGAUCCAAGCCGCUACACUUGGAUGCCUUCCGAUGAUGAGUCAGUCAGAAUGGAAAAACCUAGGUCUAUCAUUGAAAACUGCCAUGAUAGGGUUACUAAUUCUUCUUCUGUUAUGCUGCCAGGGAAAAAGCAUGUUAGUUUUGCAAGAUCUCAUACUCUGGCGUCUUUUGACAACGCGCUAUCUACCCUUAGUUAUUCUACUGGGCAUUUGAAUCAGAUAGCUACGAGCCAAGAGAGGUUACUGGAUGUUAGGAAACCUGAGUUGACGCCUAUCAUUACUAAACAACCUGAGCAGGAGGUCUUUUGUGAUAAAAUCAAAAGAGUGCCGAUGAAAACACAGGCCACUCAAACCGAAGUAGGACUAGGAAGGAAACCAUUACCUCCGCACAUAAACCUAAGUCCAAGAACUAUACAAAAGGUAAAAAUGGUAUCCCAAGGCGCCCAAACCAACGGCAUAGCCACAAACGGCCGGAAACUGAUCAAAUCUUACUCGGAAGCCGGCAGCAAAUUCGGCAUAUCGCCGAUGAACGGAGAAGUUAUUCCUUUUGAUACGAUUCCCGAUCACGAACCUUUACAAAGGACCCAAUCCGACGAACCUCCUAGAUCUCCGUUCAUCGUAGAUAAGGCGCCGACUUUUUCUUUACCCGAUCGUAAUGGCGCAGGCGCCGAUAGUGAAACCUCUUCUUUAACCAAAUCUGACGAGCACGAAUCUGAAGAUUCUAAUGAAUCCAAAAAAGAGAUUUUUAUAGAUUUUAAGCCGCAACUUUCCCCUUCAAGCAAAAUGUCAAAAAGAACCCUGAUGAAGGCUCUGUCGGAUGGCGAAAUUUUGUUGGAACAAAGAAGAGUAAAAAUAUCAGAUGACUGUGUUGUUCCUGAAAAGCCAGUUCAUUCUGUUAGCCACGAGGAUGUUCAUAAUGAUGACGAUGAAAGGAUAUUCACGCCGUAUUUCCAGAAAAUGCCGAUUCAAAACGAAGGAGUCUGUAAACCCCUGGAAGAAAACGUCUAUUCUUCACUGGACAAUGGAAUGUACGCCCAGGACUCGAUCGACGAGGAUUUUCACGAACAUUUAAUUUAUAGCAGAACGUACUUGGACACUCACGAAUUUAAUGGAGAACAACACAUCAACAUGGAGAAUUGGCUAAAGGAUGAUUCGAUUGUACCUUCCAUAAGUUUUCUACCGCACGCAAAACUUUCUCCUUUCACUUCGAAUGAUUCUUUAGCUAACGAGACCAGGGAUCAGUCCGACGGAAUUUGGAACGAAUCGCAAGCGACAGUCCUACAAGUGGACUCAGGAACUGACAACGGAACAAUCUUAAGCAGCUCAGAGUUCAAUUCAGCCACGUCACCCGUUUCUACAUCCAUCGCUCUAACUCCAUCAUCAAAAAGAAAACACAUGCUCAUGAUUCAACACCAACAAAGAUCUUCCAUGGACACCGAGAACCUAGACGAAGAAACUGUGGACCAAAACCUAACAUAUUUAAGAAAAGUAUCUCCGGCGAAGACUGUGGAAUCUCCUGCAACGGUAUUUCCUCCAAGACAAUACUUAUCAGUGGAGAAUAUUUUACCGAUAAGGAAAAAAUUCACGCCAGAAACACCCGUUGGAUCGCCUCUUCCUGCUGUAGUUCCUGAUCUUUUGCUGUCUAGAACUGAUUCUUGUAGAACUAAUACGGAUGUAUCAGAAAGUACUACUACUGACGACUAUAUCACUGCCAAUUCUGGUACAGACAGCUCAAGAAAAAGUGGUUCUAUUAAGGGUCCCGAAUUCUAUAACAACCUUCAACAAGCCCAUAUAACCGACGGCUCAAGCCUGGAAAGCGCUCGAGGCUUGGACGCCAUCAGCGACGACAUGGUAGUCCCAUCCUUCUCCCCUCCUCCUCCAUGCACCAGCGCUUCAACAACGGUUGGUGAUUCCUCCCACAGCCUCUGCAAUACUCCAGUGCCUAAUAUCCGCACCGGCCGAUCGACUCCGUCCGAGGACAGCAGCUCCUCUUGUGGAAGUUACAGCGUGGGAUCCACUCCGGAUUUGCUGGAUAGAUUUACGGAAACAGUGCCUUCAAGAAAUAAAAAAGUCUGCCCCCCUAAUGUAUCUGACGAUGAAAGAAGCGUUAGGUAUUCAUCGUCUGGGUAUUAUGAAUCGCCCAUGGAAGAUGACACAACCUGGACGUCGCCGAAGAACAACCACCAUCGUCGCUGCAAAGACUUUACCCUAGACUUAUCAAAUAACCCCAACAAGUCAUAUCUCGAAACAUACUCCAUCUUGAACACCAAACCCAAUAAGAGGAAUAUCAAAGCUUCACCAUCCGCCGAAAAACCGAAAAGAUCUAAGCCGCGAAUGAGAAGCCCCAUGCAGGGCAGUAGAAAAAACUCGCAGCUCAAAAAACAAGCUCAUAUACAAGAAAAAGAAAACAAAGCAACUUCAGACGAAUCUAGUUGCGACAUCGCAGUCAAACAUCUCAGUAAUCAAAAUUCUCCGAGAAGGGGAAAGAAAACUAAAGAAAACAGCAAGAAGAAAGGAAUACCCAGAUCGCCUGUGAGUCAAAGGAACGCCCAGGAAAAGAAGUCUUCCAGUUUACCGGGAAGUUUAUCAAGAAAGAAAUCGUCGAAACAGAGUCACAAUCUAGCUCCUGAAAGUGGAUCGUGUGAAAGGAAAAAUUCAGUGAGUUCCCCAUUAUCAUUAACUCGCCAAAGUCCAAAGAAGGUUGAAGACUCGACAAAAUUGAAAGCACUAAGUGCUGAGUCACUAAGAUCGGUGAGUCCAGGCAGUGACAGCGUUUUCUACAGCGACCCGAGCAGUCAGACAGCAGAUCAUCAAGUCCAUUGUCUCCACUGUGGAAAGGAAGUGGAUAUUGUCACCACCGAUGACCCAGAUAAAAGUAUAUCCAGUCUAGAAAAUCCCGAAGAGAUCGUUCAACCACCAGCGGGGUUUGAGGAUUCACCCAGAGUCAAAACAAGCGGUAGAUUGUUCAAGAAGCUGGAAAGAAGAAUUCGAUCUGAGGAAAGGAACUAUUUGGAGAAUAAGAAGAACCGGUAUAAAUCAGAAGUUAGGGCAAAGUCAGAAGAACGUGGAGCUAGCACAUAUAAAAGCAAACUGCGACCGAUGGCUAAAUCUACCACUAGCAGUCAGGAACAACUGAAAGCGACUGAUUCCAGUCCAAGUGUUCUGCCUGGGGCACCAGAAAACGAGGACGAUACAGGUAUUUACGAUGUGCCUUACAUGGAAGGUUGCUGGAUACACAUUGACGAAAGGGACGAAGUUAUCGCGAGGACAUCCUGCUCAAGUCCAAGUGACAAGCCAUCUUCCCGAAAAGAUUCAAUAUCGAGUACGGAAUCUGAACAGGAGUUCAGAAAGAAGUUUCAAGCUGUAACACAUCGAAUGGUGCAUCGAAAAUCUUGUUUAGAAAUGUAUAAAAGGCAAAACAACAAAUCUUUUGCAUUACAACGACAUUUAACCGAUACACAAAACGAACUUGAUCCUGAUAUACAAUCUGUAGAGUUAAAGGCAAAAUUAGAAGAGAUAUUAAAGAUUAUGUUACUGGUUUGGUGUCGAAAAAAAGAAGCAUUACAUGAUUGCGACAAAACCGUCAUAGUCCGCCGAGAAUCGGGCGAAUUUGGAUUUCGGAUCCACGGGUCGAAACCAGUUGUUGUAUCCGCCAUAGAACCAGGAACUCCAGCAGAAACGUCUGGUUUGGAGGUGGGAGAUAUCGUUCUUUCGGUUAACGGAGUCAGUGUUCUCGACAAGAAUCAUUCGGAGAUUGUUAAAAUUGCCCAUGCUGGAAGUGACACGUUGAAAAUGGAGGUGGCCAGGACCUGUUACGCGCUCAGUCCGCAACAAGAAGAAGAACCUUCCAAAAUUUUGUUUAGUGGAUACCUUUGGAAACUCAGCGGAUACGCCAGUGGGAAUUCUAGCAACAGAUGGAUGAGGCGAUGGUUCUGUUUAAAGCAAAAUGGAUGUUUAUACUGCUACAAAACGGACAUGGAUAAACACCCUGUAGAUGUAACAAUGCUACAUGAUCAAGAAAUCCAAACUGUAGACGACCAAGAAAACUUUUCCAAAUCCCACGUGUUCAUAGUCCAAAAACAUGACGGUGUUCCCUUGUACUUAGCCGCAGAAUCCUCGAGUAUGCAAGAAAAAUGGGUAGAAGAGAUGAACAAACUGAUGAUAGAUAACAAACAGCUUUUAGACAGUUUUCUUGAUAGGACGAAAAGUAAUUUGAUGUUACCUCCCUGUUCGAUUAAAGAACCAGACUGUUUUGGUUAUUUGGUAAAAUUGGGCACACAGUGGAAGAGCUGGAGUAGGAGAUAUUGUAUUCUAAAGGACGCGUGUUUAUAUUUUUAUCAGGAUGCUAAUGCAAAAAAUGCUUUUGGGGUUGCUUAUUUACAUGGAUAUAGAGUACAACAAUACUUAUCAGGAACUAAAAAGUAUGCUUUUGAAAUUGUACCACCAGACUCUAACAAGAAACACUAUUAUUUUCAUACAGAUUCCGAUGCUGACAAAAAGAGAUGGAUAGCAGCAUUAGAGUAUUCUAUAGAUAAAUGGAUGAAAAUUUAAUGGCAAAAUUGGGUACAAUACAAAAUAUUUUAUGAAGAAUUUCGAUGAAGACAUACAGUGACCACACCAAAGAAUUUGGAUUAAAGAGUAUUAGCAUUUUACCAAAUAAUAAAGUAUUAAUUUGU